GAAAAACACCAGGCUUCUCUCUGUAUGUACUUUGAAGCAAUGUGCGAAGUUGAUGAAAAGAAUAACAUUUGUAUCUGUCCGAAGUUUUCAACAGCGUGAAUGCAUACAAUGAAUAUUGUGUGUGUAAUUUGUAGCGAAUUACUGGUACCGUCUGAUGACGUUUACCACACACCAUGUGGACAUAUUUUUCAUUUCCAAUGUUUGACAAAGUGGAUUGAUAGAUCAAAUACUUGUCCUCAGUGUCGUGAAAAAACAACUGCAAGAGCUAUACGCAGAAUAUACUUCAAUUUCUCAAACGAUGAUUCCAGUGUAACAGAUUCUACAGUUUUAAUAAGCAAAAUUGAUUCCCUAAACUUUCAACUGACUCUGACAAAAAAGGAAAACACUGAUCUCACAGAGUGCAAAAAUAAAUUAGAAAUGCAAAUACUUCCUCUUCAACAAGAAAUCAAGCUCUGUGAAGAAAAAAUAAAGAGCAAAGACAGUGCAAUUCGAGCACUGAAGGAGCAAAUUAAAUAUUGUAAAAUACAAUGCGCAGAUGUAACAGAUAAAGAUAAACAAAUUGAAACAUUAAAGCUGAAGUUAGAAAAGUUGCAGAAUGUGCAAACUUUAAUAAUUGCUUCUACAGAUCAAGUAGAUGAGAUGAUGAAGACACAUGCAGAUUCUUCUACACUACAGACAUAUAUAUCAAUAUUAAAGAGAGAACUUGAAAAUAGCAUAAUCCAGAAAAGACGCUUGAGGGAUAAAAUAUCAGCAAAUAACAAGGCAUCUAUGGAAUUGUUAAAAGUUAAAAGUAAGCUAAGACAAUUGGAAGAAACAUUGGAAGAGCAAGAGAAAGAAAAUAUAAGUUUGCAGAGUAAACUUCUUAACAUUCAAACUGCUACACUUAACUGUAAAUGUGAUAAAAUAGCUGCACAAGAGAAAGAAUGCCUAAAAGAAAAGAAGUAUAAUUCCAAGAAGGUACUCGACAUCGUGGAAACAGAGCAUAUAUCAAACACAUCAAAUUCUUGUAGUAACACAUCUUUGAGUGAUAUCGAGAUUAUUACGACUGCAGAUAACGCGGAAAAUACGCCACAAAAUAUAAAAUCACAAGGCUUCUUUUCGAUGACACAACGCAGUAUCAAGAGAAUUGGUAGCGGCAUAGCAACAGUACCUUCGAUACUUGCGAAAAAGCCAAAGAUGGAUGAAGUAAGCAAGAAAGCUGGUAGCAGUGACGUGACUUUCGACGGCUUCGGUGGACAUGCUAAAUACGAUAAAUUUCCUAAGUCGCUUCAAAACCAGCACGCAAAAAAAAGUCAGAGAUAAAAUAAAAGUGUAAAAAACGAAAAGAACAUUGAUACUGGUGGCAAUCAAAUCUCAAUGGUUUGCUACCAAGAUAAUAGUUCCUAAAUCUAAUAAUGAAGUUGGCAAAAACAUAUACUGAUUCUAUCGUGGUGCUGCCUUGAUAUCAAAGAUGUGAAUGUAGAGAUAUACUCAAGUAUGAAAGCAAAUAUGGCUACUUGAGUGCAAUGCUAGGACAAAGCAGCAUUCCUGUGCAGAGCGGAAUAAUGUAGUGAUAGCAAUUUUAAACUAAUAAAAGAUACUAAAUACGAAACUCUCUCUAAAAGAGGAUGCAUUUAUUUGCAAUAUCCAGUGAAAAUCACUACAAGACAGUGCCACAUUGUGAUUGUCUGUGGACAAGGGUUGUCGGACGCUCCAAAAUAUUCAAACUACAUAAUGACGUUAUAAAACUCCACGCAUUAAAAAAAGAAACAACAACGCUUCGAAAUACUCGUUUAACGUUAAACGGACCGCAUGUCAUCUUAACAGCAAGUUGCGAGUUUUAAAACUGGCGA